AAGCAGGUCAAGCGUGACCGCAUCAAGAAGACCAAUAAGCUCCUGAAGGUCUAUGAUGGAUCCUCCAUGGCCUCGGACCUGGCGAAGGUCAAGUCCCUCACCGAAGGGAAGGAGCGCUUGGGCAAGGAGCUCGACGCCGAGCGCCCCUUGGAGGAUCAGGUCACCUCCCUCACCACGAGGCUGCGGAACUCCCGUGCCAAGGCCAAGCGCCUUCGCGAGGAGCACGCUAAGAAGCAGCUGGUAAUCGACGAGCUGGUUGCCAAGCGGACGGUGCUCCAGCUGCUGCCGAAGUUCGCUGUCAACGUCCACCAGCUUUGCGAGUUGGCCGUAGAGCUCGGCUUGGACUCCAGUCUUCAGGCGGAGCUGGAGACGGCGGCCAAAGUCUCUGGGGGGCUCCAUGAGCUUCCCCAGCUGAAGCCGGCGGCGGCACAGGUCCUCGCUGAGGAAGCUGCCAGGGACGACAUGGAGAUCGACGUCGACCUCAUGGAGUCCGCCGAGCUGCGGGAGGCGUUGGAGGCGGCAGGACUCACGCAGCCUGACGACGCCACCGACGCGGACAUGCGGGUGGCGUACAAGCGUGUCCUCGACUCCUUCACGCAUGCGGCUACGGCGCACAAGAGGAGGAAGAAGGCUCGAUCAGCCCCUGAGGGCAGCGCCUACCAGCGCGGCUACACGAAUGGCACGUGCCAUGCACAGACCACUUCAUGUGAGCGCUAUGCGUCAGCCGGUUCUGAC